UCUAGCGCUCCGGUACAGGCUGCUGGGCAGUGCUUCGUACUACGGCCGACUUGUGACUGGCGUUCGAGUCGCCUUUAUUCUUAUUGUUUUCGUUCCUGAUAUCAUCUCGAUUCCAUUUCAGCUUCUCUUCAAAGGCUGUCUAUUUAUUAAGCCUACUCAUUCACAAUGUCCUCUCAGUCUUCCACUCCUCCAACACCCAAAGGCCCGCGGAACAACAACCGGCGCAACUCAAAGAGAAACAUGACCCCAUCUACUCAGAAAGUUGCCAUAUUGGCAACCCCUCCAUCAUCACCGCCAAGAAACAUGAGCCCUGGCGGGACCACCACCGAUUCCUCAGUUAACGUCAACGGGUCGAAGAAGAAGCCUGGUCGGUCAAGUAAAAAGCCACGAGAGGUAUCGAAAGCGUCCCCAGCUCCCAAGGGUCAUCGCCACACGUCUUCGCAGCCAAGCAACAUUGCCACACCUCAGGCGAAGGAUAGCUCCCAUUAUGCAGGUCCGACUUUCCAUGCAUCCCCAGCGCCGUCGGCACUCCCGAUCCCCAGUUUCUUCUCAAAGUCUCUACCUGAGUCAGACCUUGCCCCCGCUUUGGAUCCCGAAAGUGACAAUCUCGAUGUCGAACCGGAUCUUGAAUAUACACCCUCGAAACCGAAGUCGCGCCCCCAGGCGCAGGAAGAAGAACGUCAAUCGACCCCAUUGGACUUCCUUUUCAAAGCCGCAGUCGAGGCCAGGAAUUUACAGAACCAGCGCAGUCCCGAAUCGAACAUUGGAAUCCAGUCGCCGCAGACUGAUUUUAAAACCCUUCAACACCGUAAUAAGCCAAAUGGCACUGCCGGUGAGCUGUUCCGCAUGGAGAUGGAAGAUCCAGAUUCAUAUAACUCUCGGAUUGGGCCUUCUUUUGCCACCCCAUAUAAAGAGCGCAUGAAUGCAUUACGUUCAGCCAGUUCGCCUUCGCCACCUAUGAUUGAGCUUGAUGAGCAACAGAAAAGAGCCAAAACCGAAGCAUUGAAAACUUUGUUACUCAAUCCUCGUCCACAAAGGCCUUCAUCGUCAAUUGUCAUUUCAGAGCAAGCCAACAGAGCUACGGAGCGACCAGCUGCAGACUCCAACGUACCCCACUUUGCAACGCCGUUGAGAACAACUUCGGGACCGCCAGCGCCUCUCUCUUACGGCAUGUCGCGUGAUCAGAAGCAAUCAUUCACUGGGAAUGGAUUCCAUUUAUCAUCACCACCACACAUACACUCGACUGCUUUUCAACAGUACCAGCCUCAGAACUCUCCGCUGAGACAAGAAAUCCUCUCGCCGAAGGUCGAAAACUUACCGGGCGUUCCUGCAGAAGCGUACUACCCCCCAACCGCUAUUUACGAACAGCCAAAAUCUCCACCCAAGUAUGCGCAGUAUCCCUUGUAUUACCCUCCUGUCCAGCACCAAUCACCAGCUUCACGAAGUGUGUCAACGAGUACGAAUGCCCAGGCCUACGACGCGAAAAAAAUGGAGGAUGAUCUCCGAAGGAUUUUGAAACUUGACGUCAACCCCGGGUUGCCAACGAGCGGCAUCCAGAGCUCCUUCGCCUGACGCAAAUUAACAUGACGCUUCAGUAUCCGUGGGGUUCUUUCUUUGUGCGCCUUUGUUUCAAAAUAUCGAUCCACCACGACGGUUAUUUCUGGCUGAACUGUGCUUGAGUGCACACCUCUGAAAUUCGACUUAACCAUCCGAAGCAUGCCUGAUUCCUAUUGCGCUCUUUCAACAUCCGUUUCAGAUCCCCAUAUAUCGCUUUCAUUGCCCACACUCCUCAUAUCGUCAGAUGACUAAAUCGUCAUCUUUGUACCUUCCCAAAGGUAUCUUUCUGGUUUACUCCGCGGUUCCCUGUUGGUAGCGGCUAUCGUUGUGGCCCACAGGGCUUAUAUAUCCCUCUUGGGGUGUCCCUAUACCUCUAUUUGCAUUGAACCCGGAGUCGGGCUGCCUUUUGAAUAUUAC